ACAAAACCCUAAACCCCCAAUUUGCCUCUUCGAUCAAGUUCAUCACCCCGUAGGCCGGUCUCUCGUACUCUUGUUGGAAACACAGAGUAUAGAGGGAAAUGGUGUGGUUUCAGUGUGAAGACUGUGGCGAGAACCUCAAGAAGCCAAAGUUGCCUAAUCACUUCAGGAUUUGCUCUGCCUUCAAGUUUUCGUGCAUUGAUUGUGGGGUGACAUUCGAUCAGCAAAACGUUCAGGGCCACACACAGUGCAUUACAGAGGCGGAGAAAUAUGGUCCAAAAGGUGAUGGGAAAACCUCAAAUGGUGUGACUGCUAAGCCCAAAGCUGAUGCGAAGCAGCAAUCAGAUGUUGAUAUUCAUGUUGGGUUAUCUGAGCGACCGCCAUGGUUCUGUAGCCUGUGUAAUACUCAAGCUACUAGUAGGCAGACCUUACUUCUUCACGCUGAUGGAAAGAAGCACAGAGCAAAGGCACGGGCUUUUCAUGCUGCUAAACAGCCCAAACAGGAUGUAUUUGCUCCAGAUACAAAUGUUCCAGCUGAAAACACUCUGAAGAGUGCACCACCCCCCGAUAAACAAGUUGAGGGACAGAAAACUCCAGUUACAGCUGGAGCUGUGUGUAUUGAUCAUGAAGUUCAUGAUGGAGACGCUCCAUCAAAGAAAAAGAGAAAACUUGAUGCAAUUCAGAGAAAUGGUGCUGCAGAAAAAUCUGGAGAUGAUAGUUCAGGUGAAGUAGGCAAUGGGGAGGUGAUUCAAGUUGAAAAGGCAAAUAUAUCCAGCUCUUUCAAGGAAGAAAACAAGAAGAAAAUAAAGUGGAAAAAGUUGAUCACUUCAGCUUUGAAAUCCGAUUCGAAUGGAGUUCUGAAGAUGAGGAAACUAAGAAAACAUGUUCUGAGGAGUCUUCGGGAAUCUGGCAUCACAGAUGACGAAGCACAACUCAUGGAAAAACUUGAGCAAAAGAUGAGCUCUAGCUCCAAAUUUAUAGUAGAUAACGAGUAUGUACGUCUGGCAGUCAAAGCAUAAAAACGAGGAGGUGUACCAUUUGAAGUGGAGCACCUAGUAAAGAAUGAAGAGUUGUGCGGGGCGCAUAGUUGAUAGCUCUCAAAUGCGGGAAUCAUUUUUGUUCGAGUUAGAUAGCAUUUCUACUUCCUUUUAUUGGUGUUUACAAUGAUUGAAGACCCCAUUCAUUUUAUAGCUGGACCUUGAACCCUGCUUCUUGUCGGAUCUUCUGUUGAUCACGCUUCUUUGUUUUAUAUUGGUAGACAAUUUUUUUUCACUUGGAAUUUCAUUUCUAUCAUUAUAUUUGUAGACAUUGAUAAUGUUAUGGUCAUGUAAGAAAACAAUGUUUAGCUGUCCGGAAGCGCUAGUCCAUUUUUACUUUA